AUGCAAAUGUCAUGAUUCAAUUCAGAAAAUUGCUAACAGGGACCCAAAAUUCAACCCUUUUGUUCAAAUAAUAAACAAAAGGGCCACCUACUAAAGACUUGGAAUCAAAUAAACCAAACCAGGAAGGAUCUUCUUCUUCAUAUUGGUUUUGUCUCUUUUCAGGAAUUCCUCAAACAAUCCCCAAGAAAACUACUUUUCUUCCACAAGGGAAGGAAAGGAAAUUUUGGAAAACCAACCUCAAGUCUCAUCCUUUGUUCUUUGAUAUGUCUCAGGUUUUGGUUUUUCUUUGAAGAUGGUGCAAAGGAAGGUAUCCAACCAGCUUGGAUUCCAGGCUGAUCAUGUUAAAUCAGAGAAGCGGUUGGUGAACAUGAAAUCAUCUUCUUAUCAGCACCAGGAUGGCAAGAAUAGAGGGCCUGACAUGAAGAAGAAAAUGAAGAUGUCGAGAUCAAUCAAGCUUUCUGAUUUUGAGAGCUUGAGAUCGUCAUCAAAUUUGAAUCAGACUAUCUCACAGCCUGGAAAGCCUCCUCCUGAAAAUGUUCCAAGCGUUGCAACUACUCCUCAGAAGCAGUCUCCUGUCAAAUCAACUUAUGGUUCACCAAAUUACAUGAAGUCCACCAGCAGUUCAGAGGCAAGGAAGGAGAGUUCUCAGGUGAGUUCCCGGUAUUCUCAAACUGGUUCAGAUAUUAAGAAUCAGCGUAGAAGAAACUCAAGUAGUUCAAAAGUUAGCUCUGGUUCUGGUGCUAAACCAGCUAGAGCUUUGACAAAGUCAUCUAGUUUGAAGCUGGUAAGGACUUUAACAAAGGCCCCCAGUUUUAAGAAUGGGAGAGGUUCUGCGAGAAAAUGUUCUAGAGUUGUUCUCUGUACAGAUGUGGAUGCACAGAGAGCUACCUGUUCUUCAACUCUGAAGGACUCAGAUUUUCCUGAUUAUCUUAUGCUUAGUCCUGGGGCAACUGAGGCUGAAGGAACUUCAGCUGUGAAGGUGUGUCCAUACACUUAUUGCUCUCUUAAUGGUCAUCACCACACACCUUCGCCACCAUUGAAGUGCUUCUUGUCGGCAAGGAGGCGAUUGUUGAAAACACAGAAGAGCAUGAAGCUGGAAGCUCUAUCCCUGCGUAGAGUGAAGCCAAUUGGUGAAGGAUCAGAAGGAAUUGAUGCAGGGAAGUUGAUGUUUAAUGACAAUUCUGCACGUAAGGAAGGAGAUUUGGAUUGCUCACCCAGCUCUCCUCUGAUAAAAGAAGGAAGCAUGGAUUUUUUCAUUGAAAUCUAUGCUAAAAAUAAAAAAGGCAAUGAUGAGUCUCCUUUUGGAGGUUGUGAUGGAGCAAAAGUAGAGCACAACAAUGACAAACAAGUUGCUGAGAGCCUCUCUGAUGGAUCACCACGCUCAGAGAUAGAUUUUGAGGAAAACCUUGAACAAGAUAGUCAUGUCAUUCCAAUAGCAGUUGAUAUUACACAGUGUUUUCCUAAAGAACAGAAAGUGGAAGAUCCAGAAAAAGACUACUCGCCAAUUGCAGCUGACAGUGAAGUUGCACCUGAAAGUUAUUACAAUGGAAGUAACUUCGAAAAGGAAUGCAGUGCCAGCACCCAAGGGGAUGACAGUAUUUCUGAAGCUUCUGACAUGGAGUGGGAGGAGGGCCGAUUUUCUGCCACAGAUCCUGGUGCGGAAGCCAACUGUUCAACAAAAAACUGUAUGGAAUCCGAUCUAGAUGAUGGGAAUUUGUCAGAAAUCAAGAAUCAUGAUUUUCAUGAUGAACCUAUCAUCAAAUCAGACAACAGUGUUGUUGAUUGUAGAGAGGAGAUUGCAGCUGAUGAAGUAUUCGAAGAACAAAGUGCCUGCUUUGACUCACAGCACAAUGACAGUGAUGCUGAAAUGGAGGACACAGAUCAAAAUUUCGGGAUUGUUGAAUCUAGCCUAGUGAUCAUGGAGGAAGCUGAGACAGAUUUUAUAGGAGUGAUGGUCACUUCAGCUGGGCCAGACGUGCCAAUUGUGGAACCAGCAGCUUCUACUGAGGAGAAGGAAGUUCCUGAAGCAGAGGAUGAAACUUUGAAUGAUCAACAAGAGAAGAAAUCUCUUCUAGAUGAAGAGGUGACAUAUCAGUUUGCAACAGAUAAAGCUGAGCCCAAGGAUUCGGAAAUAGAUCAAAAUGCUGUGGUCAAUGUACUUGAUCUGGAGAAAGAACGACCCAAAAGUGAAGCUGGAAAUCAAACAGACGAGAAAGAACAAGUUGCUGUCACUAAGAGAUCAAUUGGAAUCCAAGUCGAUAUAUAUCCGGUUGCUGUCACCAAAGUAUCAAUUGGAGUCCAAGCUCCUGAUGAUCUUUAUGAAGCAAAUGAAGUUGAUGCUAAGGUGGAUACUGACUUUUGCCAGCUUGAAGACCUUACUGAAGACAGUGUUUCAACUCAAGAUAUGGUUGAUGAAAUCCUUCCAAAGAAAAGCGAAGAGCAACUGUCAGAGGGUGAGGGUGAGGGUGAGGGUGAGAGUGAUAGCAUGAAUGUUGCUGACAACCAGAACUUUGCGGAGAAAGAUGAAGAUGAAGUUGAGAAGUUCAAAAUCCCAAGUUCCACGGCUUCUGAUGAGCAAAGUGAUUCAAAGAUGCCUAAAAUCAGUUUGGCCGAAAGCAGUUCAGUAGAAACUGAGAAAAUGGAAGUGCAAGAUAGCAUCCAAGCAGGUAUAGAAGAAACAAUCCCCUUGACAGAAAAUAAGACCAAUGCCGAAUUGGAAAGCACACCGUUCCUUUCAGAGAGCAAGUCCAAGUCCAACCCAGAACCACCAAGUGCCUGUAGCAAUCAGAAAUGGACGAUUGGAUCCAAGAGAACUAUCACUGAUGAGGAGGAAUUGAGGGGAUUCAACCCACGAGAACCAAAUUACCUGCCUCUGGUUCCUGACCCUGAUGCAGAAAAGGUUGAUCUCAGGCAUCAGGAAGAGGAUGAAAGGAAAAACUCUGAAGAAUGGAUGGUCGAUUAUGCACUCAGACAGGCCGUCACCAAACUUGCUCCUGCUAGGAAGAAAAAGGUGGCACUACUAGUUGAAGCUUUUGAAACAGUCAGCCCAACCCCUCAGUGGAAAACACAUCGCAGGCAUUCUUCAACUGCCUUUGCUCCUGCAAGACCAAUUCAAGCUUGUGAUGCUCAAGAGCAAGCAAUGGAGGCAGAUUAUACUGCUGCAUCUGUGAAAGUAGAGCUCCUCAGCAAAACUGCCCUCCAUCUAUGCAACCAAAAAGCAAAAAAAACAAAAAAACUAAUACUUGAUCUGGAGAAAGAACGACCCAAAAGUGAAGCUGGAAAUCAAACAGACGAGAAAGAACAAGUUGCUGUCACUAAGAGAUCAAUUGGAAUCCAAGUUGAUAUAUAUCCGGUUGCUGUCACCAAAGUAUCAAUUGGAGUCCAAGCUCCUGAUGAUCUUUAUGAAGCAAAUGAAGUUGAUGCUAAGGUGGAUACUGACUUUUGCCAGCUUGAAGACCUUACUGAAGACAGUGUUUCAACUCAAGAUAUGGUUGAUGAAAUCCUUCCAAAGAAAAGCGAAGAGCAACUGUCAGAGGGUGAGGGUGAGGGUGAGGGUGAGAGUGAUAGCAUGAAUGUUGCUGACAACCAGAACUUUGCGGAGAAAGAUGAAGAUGAAGUUGAGAAGUUCAAAAUCCCAAGUUCCACGGCUUCUGAUGAGCAAAGUGAUUCAAAGAUGCCUAAAAUCAGUUUGGCCGAAAGCAGUUCAGUAGAAACUGAGAAAAUGGAAGUGCAAGAUAGCAUCCAAGCAGGUAUAGAAGAAACAAUCCCCUUGACAGAAAAUAAGACCAAUGCCGAAUUGGAAAGCACACCGUUCCUUUCAGAGAGCAAGUCCAAGUCCAACCCAGAACCACCAAGUGCCUGUAGCAAUCAGAAAUGGACGAUUGGAUCCAAGAGAACUAUCACUGAUGAGGAGGAAUUGAGGGGAUUCAACCCACGAGAACCAAAUUACCUGCCUCUGGUUCCUGACCCUGAUGCAGAAAAGGUUGAUCUCAGGCAUCAGGAAGAGGAUGAAAGGAAAAACUCUGAAGAAUGGAUGGUCGAUUAUGCACUCAGACAGGCCGUCACCAAACUUGCUCCUGCUAGGAAGAAAAAGGUGGCACUACUAGUUGAAGCUUUUGAAACAGUCAGCCCAACCCCUCAGUGGAAAACACAUCGCAGGCAUUCUUCAACUGCCUUUGCUCCUGCAAGACCAAUUCAAGCUUGCAGAUGAUGUUGGUUCUUAACGUAAAUAAGGUGAUGCUCAAGAGCAAGCAAUGGAGGCAGAUUAUACUGCUGAAUCUGUGAAGUAGAGAGUAUUAUGACAGCUAGCGACACCCCUUGUUUUACAAGUCAGCUGCUUCAGAGCCACAGUUGAGUGCGGACAAAGUAGUAGCUUAAUGGAGGGAUGUUUGAAUGGAGAAUGAAUUAAGCUAGGUGGGUGAUGAAGUGAAAGUGAAGAGUGUCUAGUUUAAUAAUAUGUGUAAUAACAUUAUAAGUUAAACAGUUAUGGUGUUCAGUUUUUUCAACUGGAUGCCCAGGUUAUCCUUUGUAACAGCUGGGGGCACUUGACCUCCAAACUUUGAUAAUUUAUUAAUGUCUGUCUAAAUUAUGUACCAA